UUCUCAGCUGUAACUACUUGCAAGCGGAAUUCAGCUGAUUAUUCUGCCUGUUUAAAACGCGCUUUAGAGGAAGCAUGGCCACGAUUUAUUCAAGGACUUCCAGAAUAUGAUUUUCCAUCUUUGGAUCCAGUAUUGAUCAAACAUGGAAAAAUUUUUUUAACUGCAAACGAGCUACAUGGAGAAGUAACUGGAUCAAAUAUCACUGCUAUCGGUUUAGCAAAGACUCGUUUUUUUGAUGUAAGAACGCAUUUUCUUGAUGAUGUCUUUCGUUUAGAACUUGAUACGCAAGUACCAAAGGUGUUUGGAAAAGGUGCUGUGAAAAUGGAUGGUGCUGUGAAUGUAUUCAGAAUUCUUGGCAAUGGUCACUUUAACGUAACCGCGACAGAUAUUAGAGGAACGUGGACUUUCAUAGGACAUGUAGUAAACGAUACAUGGAUUGUAGAACAUUUUCUUUUCCUUCCAACGGUUGGAAGCUUGAAAAUAUAUUUUGACCUUUUGGCAGAACAAAGUAAAGAACUUAAUGAUCUUGUCGUAAGUUUCGUAAACGAGUACUGGCCGCCGUUAUAUCGAAUCGCAUUACCAAUAAUGGCUGAUUUUUGGGACCCAUGGUUGGUUAAAAACAUUGCCAAUAAAUUCUUCUCCAAAGUUUCCUUCUCAGAAUUAUUCCCAUAAAACUCAUAUUUAUUAUACUAAUUGUAAGUGCAAAUUCCUUUUAAAAUUAAAAACACAUUUAUUUUAAAAGUAA